AUGAAUUGUUUACAUGGGAAACCUGCGGUAUAUUCUACAACAAGCAAUGGAACAUUUUGGUUUUGUGGUCAGAAUUCAUCUUGCAAUUUUAUUUGUGCGGAGAAUGAAUGUUACAUGUUCGAGAAAGCUAUAAUGGCAUGGAGAUGUACAGAGCAGCCGCAUCCGCGAUGUCGUGAGCAUAAUAAGUUGGCGAAGAUGUGUGUGGUGAAGGAUCUAAUGAAGGAGAGUUACGGGAGACCAUUUUUCGUUUGUGGGGAGAAGGGGAAGAAGUGUUCUUUUUGGAUGUGGGGCGAUGUGUAUCCGAUAGCGAAGCCAGAGUGUCAUCAUGGAUUACCGUGUGUGAUCCGAAAGGUGAAGAAGGAGGGACUGAAUAAAGAUCGUGUGUUCUUCUGUUGCCCGAAUGACAAGGAGUGUACGUGCCGAUUCUUUGAGUGGGCCCCUGAUGAACAAGUGGGAUUCUUUCAGACUGUGAACUUUAGUGAAGAACCGUUAGAGAAUAAGGAAAAGAACAAUUAUUUGGCAACCGAAUUUAUAAACAGUUUGGCAAAUGAGUUAAAGUUGUAA